CCCUCCCCAAACCUCGGCAGCAGCUAAGCUGCACAGUCGACAUGGCAAGAAAAUAUCGCAACAGUUUCCUAAAGAAAGAUGAAAAACUUCCAAGUCUUUUGGGAUAAUAUUCAUCACGCGAUGUGAUCCAAAAUCCACAAUGUUUGAGGACAUUUAAGAACGAUUGAGUUCGGAAGAAAAAAAAUUUGAUUCCAGUGGAAUCUUCCAUAUAUAUAUAUAUAUAAUUAUUAUAUUUUUUCUCUGUGUUAAAGCUUACAUACAUUUAUACACACCCAUCCCAUCAACAUAUAACCAUGCCAGUGCAAGCACCACAAUGGACAGAGUUCCUGCUGUGCCCAAUCUGCACACAGACAUUUGAGGAGACUGUUCGCCGGCCCAUCAGCUUGGGCUGUGGACAUACUGUCUGCAAGAUGUGCCUGAACAAGUUGCACCGUAAGGCCUGUCCCUUUGACCAGACAGCCAUCAGCACAGACAUCGAGCAGCUACCUGUCAACACAGCCCUGUUGCAGCUGGUGGGAGGCCAGGUUCCUAAGGCUCAGCCAGUUGCCUUGAUUACCAGUCCAGAGGACUCGCAGCAUUAUGAGGAAGCCAGGCAGUGUGUGGAGGAGCUGGCCCUUUACCUCAAACCCCUCAGCAACACCCGAGGUGUGGGUUUGAGCAGUACAGCCCAGAGCAUGCUGAGUCGACCCAUGCAGAGGAAACUGGUAACUCUGGUCCACUGCCAGCUUGUGGAAGAAGAGGGCCGUGUUAGAGCCAUGAGAGCUGCCCGCUCUCUGGGUGAACGAACUGUCACCGAACUCAUCUUGCAGCACCAGAAUCCACAGCAGCUCUCUUCCAAUCUGUGGGCUGCUGUCCGUGCACGAGGAUGUCAGUUUCUUGGCCCAGCAAUGCAAGAGGAAGCUCUGAAGUUGGUCCUCCUUGCUCUAGAGGAUGGUUCUGCUCUGUCCAGGAAGGUUUUGGUUCUCUUUGUAGUCCAGAGGCUUGAGCCACGCUUUCCUCAGGCCUCUAAAACGAGCAUAGGCCAUGUGGUGCAGCUCCUCUACAGGGCCUCCUGCUUCAAGGUCACCAAACGUGAUGAAGAUUCAUCCCUGAUGCAGCUGAAAGAGGAGUUCCGUACUUACGAGGCUCUGCGACGUGAGCACGACUCUCAGAUUGUUCAGAUUGCCAUGGAGGGUGGACUGCGCAUUGCACCUGACCAGUGGUCUUCUCUGUUGUAUGGAGAUCAAUCUCACAAGUCACACAUGCAGUCUAUCAUCGAUAAGCUGCAGACCCCAGCAUCUUUUGCUCAGAGUGUCCAGGAGCUGACGAUUGCACUGCAAAGGACUGGAGACCCAGCCAACCUUAACAGGCUGCGGCCUCACCUGGAACUAUUGGCCAACAUUGAUCCCAGUCCUGAUGCUCCUCCACCUACAUGGGAGCAACUUGAGAAGGGUUUGGUAGCAGUGAAAACAGUGGUACAUGGCCUGGUGGACUUCAUCCAGAAUCACAGCAAGAAAGGAGCGGAUCCGCAACAGCCUCCUCAGCACAGCAAGUACAAGACAUAUAUGUGUCGCGACAUGAAGCAGAAGGGAGGCUGUCCUCGUGGAGCCAGCUGUACCUUUGCUCACUCUCAGGAAGAACUGGAGAAGUAUCGUAAGAUGAAUAAGCGUCUUGCAGCUCGACUCCCAGGUGCAGGAGGGCUCUUGUCAGAUGACGGCCUUCCUCUUGAUGUAGCAGUGACCCGGAAGCCUUCGCCUCUCACCAAUGGGAGCGGUGCGCCCUCUUUGCCCCAGCUCAUUGCCCGUGGCACAGACACCGUCUCCUACGAACUAUUGCGCAAACCUGUCAAGAUGGAUGGAGGGAGUCCGAGUGCCCCAGGAUCACCACCUGAUGUCCUGGACCCUGUGCCCAAACCCGGUAUGCCUCUGCCACCUCAUGCCAUGGCCCACCCAAGGAUGCCAGCAGAUCACCUCUCAGGAGUGAAGCACAUGCCUGUGGUGCCCAGAGGUUCGCCGGUGUACCCUCAGCCGCCACUCCCUGAGAUGUGCUAUGACACUCGCCCACCACCUUCUGCCUCUCAGUAUGAGCCCCCACAGUAUCCUACAGGGUACCCAUACCAACAGCCACCACAGUAUGUUACUCGGGAUUACAUCCGUAACGCUCCUCCCCCCAGUGAGUCAGGACCCCCUUACCAGGACCCUUACUCUGGCUAUGGCCCUCCAGAGCGCCCCUACCAGGCUCCUCACUCUGGCCCACCAUUCUCCUAUCCUCACCCUUCACACUAUGACAGAGGUCGCCAUGGGACCUACACUGGCCCACCACCUCCCCCACAGCCUUACCCAUCUCAGAGGGAUGGCCUGGUCAGAAUGAGUCCAGCACCUCUGGAUGUUCCCCCACCAUCAGCAGGACAGGCUAAUUCACUCUACCACCAGGAUCCCAAUCCCCGGGACAGAUACCCACCAGAUGCUUACUAUCCACCAGGUGCCCAACCUCCACCUAUGAGGACUUAUGUCAGGGGGCCAUCAUAUGGUGGUUCACAGCCCAGCCUGGACUACCUGCACAGACGUCGGCAGGAGCUGUUAUCCCAGCUGGAGGAGAGGAAGGUUAUUUCCCCGCCACCGUUUGCUGCGUCCCCGACUCUUCCACAUCCCUUCCCCAGUGAUUACCCUCCUGAGUAUGGCGAGGAGAGCUCCAAAACUAUGGUGAAAUGCAGAGAGCCUGACUAUGCAGGGCAGUACUCUCCCUGGUCCUGUGAAACUAUUGGCUCAUACAUUGGGACAAAGGAUGCCAAACCCAAAGAUGUGAUGGUUCCCGGCGCCAUGGAGAUGAUGAAUGUGGAGGCUAAAAGUCUGAGGGAACCGUCAUUGGAAGCUCCUCGGAGGGGUGCAGAAGUAAAGGAUGAUGACCCUAUUAUCCCAUUUGGUCCCCAGCCCACUGUGUCACGCUUUGGUGCCAUUUCCCGCACUUCAAAAACAGGCUACCAGACCACUGGUCCUGUGCAGGCUAUGGUAGCCAACCCCCAGAACCCAAACUCGAAACACAUGGCCAUGCCAGCAGAGUACACAUAUGGAAGCCAUGGAGGAUGGGGUGGCGCUUCGUACCCCUCCCACCAGACUGCCUCCUCCUCUCAGGGACACUUUACUGAGCGCCUACCUAUGGCAGCCCCAGACAGAGAGCAGUUAAAGAUUGAGCUGCAGCAAGUCAACCAGCAGAUCACUCAACAGACCCAGAUGCACAGCAUGGAGGCUGCCAGUAACUCUUUACUCCUGCAGAGGGAGGCCAGUGCAUUGGCAGGUCAGCCUGUACAGCCCAGCCAGGGCCAGGCAGCAGUAGCCCCACAACAGCAACAGCCCAAGUGGCCAGCAGGGGGAGCAAGUGCAACAGCUGUCUCCAGUGAACAGCUGAGCCUGGAGCUCCACCAGGUGGAGAGAGAGAUUGGCAAGAGGACCCGUGAGAUGGCUAUGGAAAACCAAGUAGCUCACGACGUGCAGCAGUACAAGAUGAAAUCUGCAGAGAAUGGACAGCCGGAGCACAAGACUCAGCUGGAGGAGAUCGCCCUGGCUCGUGGCGAGGUGUCAAACGGCUCCAGCAGUCUGCAAGAAAGUGCAGUGGGCGGGUCCAUGCUGACACUGACGAAUAAGACGUCUGCGCUGGGCCUGUGUUCUGACCCAGGUGCCACUGGUUCAGAAAUGCAGAAGAAUGGCGUUGUCCAUUCCUGCUCUUAGGAAGUACACACUUACACACAUGUGCACACACACACACAUACACACACUCUCACACACACACACACGCAUACAUGCACGCACACAGACACAAGAUGCUCAAUUGAAAAGCAUGCACAGGCACACAUACACCCAUUCUAUUUAGAAGAUGAGCAGUAUCUGCCGUGAUGAAUUUUCUUUCUUUUUGUUCUGUGAAUGAGCUUUUUUUAAUGACUUUCCCUGCCUGGAAACCAUGGCAUAUGAUAACAUUUCUUGUGUGUGUUAUUUUUAAUUUUUUUUUUCUUUUUUUUUUUGUACUGGUAUUAGAUUAACAAGGCUCACAGUAGAUAUAUCAGGAGGAUAAAAUGGUGGUGAUGUUGACAGUGUUAUAACUUUAUUAAAAAAGAAAAAAGAAGGAUAUUCCAUCCUCAGUAAACAUAAAAGUAUAGUCAAGCGUUUGAUCCUCCUUUUGUAAGAAUCUUGGUUUAGUUGUAUAAGCAUACAUGCAGUUGGAUAGAGAGGAGCUGAUUAACAAGUACUAUCAUAUCGCAUACACUCUGAUAAACUUCUCUUAGAAUCUAAUGAUUUGUGAGGGCAAUGUGGGAAACGGCAGAAGUGUGUCGCUCGGUACUCACCCCCAAAAUCGUAAAACAAAAAAAAAAAAAAAAAGAGGUUGCCCAGAUCAAGAUGCCUGAGGAGGGAAAAAAAAAAACAUACAAUAAUCAGCCAAAUACGGUCACGCAAGGUGUUUGGAAAUGAGGUGAUGCACUUCCUCGCCGGCCACGAGAAGUAUGAGUUUUAUUAUUGCAUUUUAUGAACACAUCACAUGUCUGUUUCAUACUUGAAAGCAGUAUAUUAUAUAUUUAAUUGGAGCAUUCUGUUUUAAAGAUUGCAACAAGUCUUUUUGAUAAUGAGCUUUCCAUGUUUUCUAUAAGGGAAUCUAAUAUGUGCUUCUCCGGGUUGUGGUGUGACCCUGACGUGGUUUCGGUUGUGAUGCCUUUUGCCUGUGCUCAUGAGUGCUGCAUUCAGUGCCGAGCCACUUGUAAGGAAAUUUUACAACAUUCUCAAAAGUAAGUAGGUUGUUUUUUUUUUGUUUUGUUUUGUUUUGUGGGUGGGGGGUGAACACACGUUACAAGGCUGAGAUAGAGAGAGAGAGAGUACAUCUUUCUGCUUCAGGAGUCGGGUGGAUAAAUGUAAACUUGACUCGACGACAUCAGGGCAAAUAGAAGAUUUCCCUCCUCAGAGCUUCUCAUCUGGCCACACAAACGGCCUCCCCAUUGGGAUUAUCUUGUCAUUUGUUCUCCUAACUUCUAUGAAGUUGCCUUCCCUUGUGUCUUGUUUUGGUUUAAUUUUUUGUUUUAUUUUUUCAUGCUUUACAUUGUUACGAUUUUGGGCGGUGACGCUUACCUUGUGGAGGCUUUGCGGAGCUCAGUUGAUGACAUGCCCUCCUCUCUUGUCAUGAGACGGUUGAAUUUUUGCGCCGAAGCCAGACCUAACUUUUGUAGUAAAAGGGUCACUGUUGUAGUGUUUUAAGCUGCACAGUCAAUUUGAAACUGUUUACAGCAGAAGAUAGCAGUAUUAAUUACUGAGGAGUAAACAAAGCAAACCUUCAACAACACCUGUCCUUCAGUCAUAUUCGAUACUUCAUUUACAUUGCAUUAGGCAUAUUUAAGCGUCUUCACCGAUGCCUGGUACAACGCUCAGUUCCGUUCACUCGCCGGUGUGUCCGUAACUUGCUGUCAUCAUCACCAUCAUUACUACUGUUAUUGCUCUUUCUCCAUCAUAUAAAUUGUUUACUGCUGAUGCUCAACAUGGAGCUCUUUGCCUUCCGUAAACAAUUAGCAUGAUCGGCAACAGUUUUACAGCUCUGCUGAGAGCGAGUGAGUCCUUGUGUUUGAACGGUUGAAGGAUAGAGGGGACGCUCCGGGUCAAGCUGUUGUAGUUCAGUGUGGAGCCUUGGUUCUGGUCAGACGAGGUGUACCGAGUAACUGACAGUUUGACAAAUCCCUGAUAACUGAUGAGUCAAUUAAAGAACGACGCAAAUGUGUUUUGUGUCCGACGUCCUCAUCUGGAUAGUUUGACGGGCAUCUCUUCCAACUUGUCAGCGCCAUGAUAGUGAAUGUUUUGGAUUUGUUUUUUUCCCUCCCUCCCCGCCCCCCAAACCCAAACCACACUUAAGGCCUCUGGCUGCUCCUUGCUACAUUUAUUGUUUAGGUACACAGCUCACUUAUACAUAUGAGUAUGUAUACAUACAUUAAUAUACUAAAGCACUAUUAUCGUGCCACCUCUUAUUCUACUCGCUCAGCAUUUAUAUUAAAUGAUCUCUACUUAGAAUCAGCAAACUGUUUUUUGUUUUUUUUUUUGAUUUGUUCUCUGUCCACUGGUUGCCAACACAGACUUUAUCCUUUCCCAGACGAAGGACUUCUGUGUGCAUUGAUGUGUGUUCACUUAAUCUUUUGUGUUCAAACAAAGAUGUUCUUUAUAGACUAUGCUUCCGAAGAAGACAAAAUCUGUAACUUUGGAAAAUUUAUGGAGAUGUUUUGUGUGUGCUAGAUUGUAUUGUAGAAAAUGUACCCUGACUCAGUUUUUUUUUUUUUUUGUUCUUCCCUCCUCCCUCAAAGUGUGCUGUACCGGGUGAUAGUGUUGAGGUAUUAGAAAAGUGUUGGGGGGUUUUUUGCCCACCAUAUCCCCCCCCCUCGAAGACAAUUAGCAGGAAGUCUCAGAUGAAAGGUUAGCCUUAAAUCCUUUUGUAAUGCUCCUUUACAGUGUCUGUUUCCGGAGCAUGAAAUGAUCUCAAAAAAGAAAGCCCUAAUUAACACUGAAUUGGCAUGAUUGACAGAUGGACUUGAGCAGACCCCGCCCCCUAAACGCCCCUUUUCAAAACUGUCAUAUAAAACAGCAACAAUGCAAUAAUGCAAAUCUCUAAAGAUUUGAGUUAAAAUGUAUAUUUUUAUCGUUUUUUUUUAAGGAAAUGUUGACCUAGCUGGGUUUGUAGUUUUUUUUUCUUUCCUUUUUUUUUGUUUGUUUGUUUCUGCAAUAGUUGAGUGAAUUUACUGACCUGCAAGUCUUAGUCUUUAAUGCAUCAUCUGACCUGAUGUGUAGUCGACAGCUUUAAGAGUAUCCGAGUGACAAGUAUUUUUUUUUUCUUCUUCUUUCACAACUAUUUACAAGAAAUUGGCCUAAUAGCGAAGAAAUUCAGUCUAAAGUUAAAAGAGGGAAUGAGGAUUUAGCCAUAAAUUGGCAACACUUAAUGGUGUUAAUUCAAUAUGUUGUUUCUCACUCUUCUAAAUGCAAGACAACCAAAACUACUACGAUGCUGAUUCUACCUGAUGGGUCACUGCAGGACCGAAUGAGCCUGAAACGCCUUUAGCUUAGCAGACCCGGCAAACAACGACGUAUGGGGUGAUUUAUUCUGUAGUAAAUAGCAUAUAUGUUCAUUUCAAUCUCCUGUGUGUUUUCGUUUCUGAGUGGAACUGCUGCCUAUACCCCUCAUUUAACCAGUUAAUCCCUCCACUCCCACCCUUGACCACUGAACUCUGUUACUGCUGUUUGAGGCUCACAUUUUAUUCCCGGACUUUCUGGGGAAAUUCGCAAAUGGAUUUUUUAUAUGAUUACUCCCUUGUAAAAUAUCUCUUAAAUUAAGGUACAGGUUUGAUUUCAGCAAGAAAAAAAGUUUUUAUAUGUAUAUUAUACUCCAUUAAGGAAUGUCUAGAAUUAUCUUCCUCCAAUGUGGAUGUAGCCAUUAUUACGCCAUUUUAUGACUUUGUAAGAGAAUUCACUGUGUGAAAAUUGGUUUGCAUUUUUGUAUAAUACAAUCUGCUUUUUUUUGUUUGAUACGAGAGGGAGGUCAAACUGGAAGUUUGAAGAGAGAAAAAAGUACCUGUGAAAUUGAGAAAAACAAAACGUAACUUAUGUACAACAGUGAUUCUAAGCUGAGGGGGAAAGAUUAAAUGAUAUUGCUAACUCUGAA